AUGCAACCAAAUACCGUUACUGCUUCCUCUAUACAGCAACCGCCACCUCGACCACCGCAGCAGUUGCAACAACCGCCGCCACCUUUAAUGCUCAGCAAUAAUUUGGUUCAGCAGUUAUCAACAUCUUCGAUACCGAUCAGUGAAGCGUUACAGUCACCACGGUUCACCAAUUACCCCUCGCCACAUUAUCCCACCGCACCAAUGCAAUUACCUGCAUCACCAGCGGCAUGGUCCACUCCAAACACAGGUUAUACGACAUCGCAAACCGCUCAAGCCGCUAUUAUGCAAGCGUUUUUAACGAAUCAGUCUCUACCGACGCAACCACUGACACCGGCAUCUUCGCCAGCAUCGGUCCCAUCCGGAAUGAAUGCUGAUCUGUCCACCCCUAGCCUCCGUGUUACAACACAAACAACUGCGAACAAGGCAGUGACUGUCGAAACUCAUCAAUUGACACCAACGACUCUGACAGAUCAAGAAGCUACUUCAUCCUCUGAUCGUAUUUUCGAGUUGGAAAAGGAGAUUCGCGACUUUGUUACGUACGGGUUGGCUUGCGAUGAAUUCUUUGACUGGCUUGACACUCCGGCCGCUUAUGAAGCCCAAUAUGAAGAUACUUUGUUUCACUGUGCCACGGCUGUUCGAGAGAAAUAUGCAGAAUAUGGGUUAUGGACCGGUCUUCGUGUGUGGGACAAGUUGCAUAGUAUUCGACAACGGCUACCGUCAAAGGUUCAAGCUAUGAUUGUUGAAUGGCAGAAUGAAUUGGAGGCGAAAAAUUGUCUGCCGGCGAAUGCUGUUACGCAUACUAAACCAUCGACUACGACGACAACGCAAUCUUCCUCUCCUCAUGCGCCGGUGCUCACCCAGACCACCUCUUUACCAUUGGAAAAUUCCCCUUCAUUGCAAUCACCUCAAUCGUUCAUACAACCACCCUCAUCGCAAUCAUUCCCAAUAACAUCACAGGCCUUCCAUGUCGCGGCACAACCACAUACCUUUCGACAACCACCGCAAUCCCCUCAUCAAACCCAAUUUGCAGCCGGACUACCAACUCAACCUGCUCAAAAUAUACCAUCCGACCUUAAUUCUUCUAAUCCAUAUCUUCAAGGAUCAACCCAAAACCAAUCCAUGUUACAGCCGUCUAUACCACUUACAUCGAUGGCCACCUCCUUGUCAGGACCAAUUCCGGCGGCUUUACCUGUAUCCCUUCCAUCUUCUGUGGCCCCUUCGAUUGUCGCUUUACCGCAGCUGAGCCUACCCCCAGGUGCUGUCCGAUUGAACCACCCUCAACUGCUCCAGCUACAAAUGCAACAAUGGAAAUUGAUGCAACAGCAACAACAUCAUCAACAUCUUCAACAACGGCAGCACCAGCAGCAGCAGCAGCAACAAAUGCAGCAUCAAUUACAAUUACAAAUGCAAAAGAAACUUCAACAGCAGUUCUUACAACAACAGCAACUCCAAGAACAGCAGCUAAUAAGGCAGCAGCAGCAACAACCACCAAAUUCACAGCAGCAACAGGUGCAAGUGCAACAGAACAGAGCGGUAUAUAUAUCUCCUAUGCCGUCCUGGUCUUCCAGUGUACCUUUGUCAUCGGUCGCCGAUGUGAAUGGAAAUCAGUCGGCCCCUUCAGCCCAAUCGACUGCUGUGGUUCAACAGAGAAAGCCGACUGUGAUGCCUGCCACUAUGCAAUGGUUUACUCCCGAUGGUCUGCCACUGGCAUUGCCCAAUGUGGCGCUACCUGUUGCUCAAGCUCCCCUGGUCACGCCUCAAUUAAUGCGUCAUAUUGAAAGUCCUCUCAACGGAUUCCGCCUAAAACAUCAACAAAUACGCACCGAUUGUACCUUUUUUCUCGGGGCCGAGGAUUAUCGUCGAUUGUAUCACGGCACACCUGUUCAAGUACCUCAGGAUAGCGAGAAAUGGCCCAUAACUUAUAUGCUGACAUCGUGGAAAAUCAAUUCGUACAAAACCAAAUGCGAAUGGCCUCUUGCUGUAGCCAUUGAAAUCAAUAACGUCAAACCGCAAAUGGAACGGUCAUACUACUUUGCUAUUGAUUGCUAUUCACGGGAGACCGAGGACCAUGUGACACAAAAAGUGUUGAAGGGAACCCCAAUUGAUGCCAGCGUGAGUCGCGGGAUUAUCAAUGAUCGUCUCAGUACACGUCGUAUUGGUGCGGCACAGCAAGGCGAUGAUGAUGAAAUUGAAGUAGUCCAGUCGUCAUAUCGCAUCAAUCUCAAAUGUCCGAUCUCUAUGCAACGUAUUUCACAGCCUAUUCGAGGUAUCCGUUGCAAACAUGCCGAUUGUUAUGAUUUAUCCAGUUAUUUGGCCGUGAAUCAUGGUAACGCAGGGUGGACGUGUCCUCACUGCAGUUGUUACACACCGAUUCAGACCUUGGCACGCGAUUUGUUUUUUGAAUAUCUGCUGGCGACUGUUCCUAAAAAUGUGUAUGAAAUUGAAUUCAGUCAAUCGAGCAAUGAAUGGGUAGCGACGAAAACCGAACUGCCGGAUCCUGACGAACCUUAUUCCGAUGAAGAAAACGAUCAAUUGCCGAUCAAAAACGAAAAUGCGUCACCUCAACUUGCUCAAGUCACAGUCGCGCAAACCGAGAAUGUGAUUAAUCUUAUUAGCGACGACGAAGAAGAAGGGGAGGAGCAAGGUGGGGAAAAGACGAGCCAGCCGCAGCUCAUCAGACAAAAACGGCCGGCGCCUCUUCCCAGUCCUGACGGAACAUUGGUGGAAGACCCAGGUUUUGACUCUCGAUCAGCUUCCACCGAAAAGGACGUCGUCUACCAUAAACGAAGUCGAAGUCAGUACUCUUUUCCAUCCUACCCAUCGGGUUCCCCCAUACCCACCAUCACUCCCAUAUUACCUACCUCCGACAACCCUGAUCUCUCCUCUUUACGGCCCUCCGAUCCUACGACCAACCUUUAA